AUGGACGAUGUGUUCCCGACAAUGGCUUCGAAAACCGAGCUCCAACCAGAUGACAAUGCCACUGUGGCUGCAGCAGAUCAAGUCGAGGCGUCAGGCCUGAAACCGGUGAAACACGAGAAAUACUACUUCGACAUGGUCGUAUUCCGGGUCGAGGAUACUCUCUUCCGCGUCCCGAAGAGCGCGUUCCUGACGGCCGCAGAUCGCGAUUCCGUCUUCCCCGCCAUGUUCAAUCUGCCUGCUCCGCACGCCACGACGAACGAGGGGACAUGCGACUCCCACCCGAUCGUGCUGGAGGGGGUGUCGAAGGCGUAUUUCGAAGGGUUCCUGCUGGUCAUGUAUCCCUUCCAGAGGACGGCGGCCACGUUUGAAGAAUGGGUCGGGGCGUUGGAUUUGGCUACAAUGUGGAAUUUUGAUGAGAUCCGCCAAAAAGCGAUCGCUGCUCUGUCUCCGCAGAUCCGAGAGAGAGAUGCAGUAGAAAACGUUCUGCUUGCGAAGAAGUAUGGAGUCCGUGACUGGCUGAGGGACUCUAUCAUACGCCUAGUAGAAGAUAAGGGCCUCAAAUUGGAGUCCCUUCGCCAACCUGUCGCUCUUGACUGGGAGAUGAUUUCGAGAAUUUUUGCUGUGCAAGCGUAUUUCAGACUACCGAAGAAGUUUUCGCGGCCAAAGAUGCUCCAAUAUGUCGAUGAAAUGUUCGAGGGUGAAUUCAAGGUGAUGGAUAGAUUUGGCGAAUACGGGUGGAGCUGUGGUUGCAGCAUCUGCACCAAGUCCAACAACCAUCGGCCCAAGGUUUCUCAAUUGCCUGAGGACACCAUCAAAACCUUGAAGCGCCAUGAGGUAUACUACUUCGAGGACAUCAGUAUUCAAGCCGACAAUGUGUUGUUCAAGGUCCCGAAAUCUGGCCUCCUGGUACCAGGAUCAACGUUCGGGAAGUUAUAUGGGGUUUCGGGAGACAUUAACGUAGAAGGAGACAGCCUAACGGCCGCCGAAAGAGGUGCAAGCCACAGUCACAAAUCGGUAGUUAUAACACUAUUCAACGUUGGGCCGGAGCAACUCUCGGGUUUCCUGAAUGUUAUUUACCCUCUGCAAGUCGUCACAGUAGCUCACUGUUUUGACGAAGACUAA